AGUGUGUGAAGGUGAGGGAAAUCCAGAAGGAAAGACCUGUUAAACAGUGAGCAGUUGUCAACUUAAGUGUUUCUUUCUUCAGGUUUUUACAGUCCUUCUGAAAGAGACCAAAUAGCUGACCUAAAAAGCUAAAGCUGAUUACCCUGAAAUAUGUUAUAAGAUAUCACAUCAGUACAGAUUCUAUGCAACUGUCUAUGACCUUCUCACAGCAGCAAAUGUUUUUGAUGUAGAUAAUUCCUACACCAUACUGGGCCUUUGCUCCUUUCCAGCAUCUGUUGUUGUCCAAUGGAGUGGUGGAGUGCUAAAGUUUGCUGCGCUAGGCUGUAAUGUCAGCUCGCCGCAGCCCCAUUGAGAGCCAGUGCACCGCUCCCAGAUUCUUCGUGGGCUGCGAGGACAAUGAGAGCGAGAGCCUGGGACAUCCAUGCAUCAUGAGAACAGAUUUGGAGCUAUAUGAGGAUGAUGAAGAAGGUGAAGCGCCCCCCGAAAGACAUAUUGUUGUGGGAAUCUGUGCAAUGACAAAGAAGUCCAAAUCAAAGCCAAUGACUCAGAUACUGGAGAGACUUUGCAAGUUUGAUUACAUCACAGUUGUCAUCUUUCCUGAAGAUGUGAUUCUCAAUGAGGCAGUUGACAACUGGCCACAUUGCGACUGCCUAAUCUCCUUUCAUUCUAAAGGUUUUCCUCUCGACAAAGCAGUUCAUUAUGCAAAGCUCAGGAAACCACUUCUGAUCAAUGAUCUAAACAUGCAGUACUUCAUACAAGACAGGAGGGAAGUAUAUCGCAUUCUUCAGGAAGAAGGGAUUGAUCUACCACGUUAUGCUGUGCUAAAUCGAGAUCCAGACAAUCCAGAAGAAUGCAACUUGAUUGAAGGAGAGGACCAUGUAGAAGUGAAUGGAGAGAUUUUUCAAAAGCCAUUUGUUGAGAAGCCUGUUAGUGCGGAGGAUCACAAUGUGUACAUCUAUUAUCCUACUUCUGCUGGUGGAGGAAGUCAGCGACUUUUUAGAAAGAUUGGGAGUCGCAGCAGUGUUUAUUCUCCAGAGAGUAGUGUGCGCAAGACUGGCUCAUAUAUUUAUGAGGAAUUUAUGCCAACUGAUGGCACUGAUGUUAAGGUUUAUACAGUAGGACCUGAUUAUGCCCAUGCUGAAGCACGAAAAUCUCCAGCUCUGGAUGGAAAAGUAGAAAGAGACAGUGAAGGAAAAGAAAUUCGAUAUCCAGUAAUGCUCACUGCUAUGGAGAAAUUAGUUGCCCGCAAAGUGUGCCUUGCUUUUAAGCAAACAGUUUGCGGCUUUGAUCUGUUACGAGCCAAUGGACACUCUUAUGUCUGUGAUGUCAAUGGAUUCAGCUUUGUAAAGAACUCUAUGAAGUACUAUGAUGACUGUGCCAAGAUUUUAGGAAAUAUAAUAAUGCGAGAAUUAGCUCCUCAACUUCAUAUACCUUGGUCCAUUCCAACAGAGGCAGAGGAUAUCCCCAUUGUACCCACAACAUCAGGCACUAUGAUGGAGCUGCGUUGUGUUAUUGCUGUAAUUCGUCAUGGAGAUCGGACACCAAAACAGAAAAUGAAGAUGGAAGUUAAAAAUCCCAUGUUUUUUGAAUUAUUUGAGAAAUAUGGGGGAUACAAGACGGGAAAACUGAAGUUGAAAAAGCCAAAACAGUUGCAGGAGGUGCUAGACAUUUCACGACAGCUUCUUGCUGAUCUGGAUCAGCAUAAUGAUUGUGAGAUUGAGGAGAAAUCAUCCAAACUUGAACAGUUAAAAACAGUGUUGGAAAUGUAUGGACAUUUUUCUGGUAUAAAUAGAAAAGUUCAGCUUACAUACCUGCCACAUGGACAGCCAAAAACCUCCAGUGAAGAGGAAGAUACUCAUAAGGAUGGACCAUCACUACUUCUGGUUCUGAAGUGGGGUGGGGAAUUGACACCAGCAGGCAGAGUACAGGCUGAAGAACUAGGCAGAGCCUUUAGAUGCAUGUACCCUGGAGGACAAGGUGACUAUGCAGGCUUUCCAGGUUGUGGUCUUCUCCGUUUGCAUAGCACCUAUCGACAUGAUUUGAAAAUCUAUGCCUCUGAUGAAGGAAGAGUUCAAAUGACAGCAGCAGCCUUUGCUAAGGGUUUGCUGGCUUUAGAGGGCGAGUUAACACCUAUCCUGGUUCAGAUGGUGAAGAGUGCCAACAUGAAUGGGCUUCUUGACAGCGACAGUGAUUCUUUGAGUGGAUGUCAACACCGUGUUAAGGCCCGCCUCCAUGAGAUUAUGCAGAAGGACCAGGACUUCACAGAGGAGGAUUUUGACCGGCUUUCACCAACUGAUAGUAUAUCACUACAAAACUCAAUGAAGUUGGUCAAAAACCCUGUACAGACUUGUAACCGAGUCUACGGUCUUAUUCAGAGUCUCACCUCACAGAUCCGAUGCAGACUGGAGGAUCCAAAGUCAGCAGAUCUCCAGUUGUACCACAGUGAAACUCUGGAGCUGAUGCUGCAGCGAUGGUCAAAACUAGAGAGGGAUUUUCACAUGAAGAGUGGUCGCUAUGACAUUAGUAAAAUUCCUGACAUUUAUGACUGCAUCAAGUAUGAUGUACAGCAUAAUAGUUCCCUUGGCCUAGAAGACACCCUAGAGCUUUUCAAACUCUCCAAGGCACUUGCUGACAUUGUAAUCCCACAGGAAUAUGGAAUUAAUAAAGAAGAGAAACUGGACAUUUCAUAUGCUUACUGUCUUCCACUUAUCAAGAAAAUCCAACUAGAUUUGCAAAGGACACAUGAAGAUGAAUCUGUGAACAAAUUGCAUCCCUUAUAUUCUCGUGGAGUGAUGUCCCCAGGUCGACAUGUGAGGACACGAUUAUAUUUCACCAGUGAGAGCCAUGUCCACUCUCUUCUCAGUCUCUUCCGUUAUGGGGGCCUUCUCAAUGAAUUGACAGACCAGCAGUGGAAGCGUGCCAUGGACUAUCUUAGUGCUGUCACAGAACUAAAUUAUAUGACACAGAUUGUAAUAAUGCUGUAUGAGGACAAUAAUAAGGAAGCCUCAUCAGAGGAGAGAUUUCAUGUCGAGCUGCACUUUAGUCCUGGAGUGAAGGGUUGUGAAGAGGAGGAGAAUGCACCUAUGGGGUUUGGAUUUCGUCCUGCCUCUGCUGAGAAUGAAAAUAAGCUAACUGAUCCUGGUAGCUUAGAAGAUCUGAGCCGGGAUGAGCUGGACCGAUCAUUGCCUCUCUCUGAGCCAAUAAGCAUCCAGAGAAGGUCUCCACUAAUUCGCAAUCGAAAAACCAGUUCAAUGGAGGUCUUGUCUGAAACUUCCUCUUCCAAAUCUGGAGGCUACCGACUUUUCCCAUCAUAUAUUCGACAGUCACCAGAAAUGAAGCAGAGUGGCUUGGGAUCCCAAUGUGCAGGGCUCUUCAGUACCAAUGUUCUAGGGGGGUCCUCUAGUGCCCCCAACCUGCAGGACUACGCACGUAUGCACCGCAAAAAAUUCUCUUCCAGCAACCUUUCCUAUAAGGACGAGUUGUUAUCUAUGCCAGCAGUAAAGCGAUUUUCUGUGUCGUUUGCAAAGCAUCCGACUAAUGAGUCCCUGAAGAAGCACCAUGUUGCCCAACUUCUACGGCGGUUCUCCUUGGACAAUACACUGCGAUGUCACCUCUCACUGGACAGAGCCCUGGCUCACCAUCUGCACCAGUGCUCGUAUCACCUCCGCCUCUUCCGAAACUGGUUAAUCUCUGGCCAGGAUACCAUCGAAUGCCUCUACGGUUUUGAGGGUUGUUCAAUGGUACCUUCAGUCUAUCCCUUGGAAACACUUCACAACUCACUCUCCCUAAAACAGGUGGAUGACUUCCUGACAAGUAUCUGUGAAAGGGGAGGAGACACCAAUUGCCAGGCUAACCAAGCUCUUUCAUCUAUGUUUGAUUGCUCUAAUCAGUCAGCAGUGGAUGCCUUUAUUCCACACCAUGUCUUCCAAUCAUCUGUGUCAUCUCUGUCAAUGCGUCACCGCAGUGAUCGACCACCAUGGUACAGCAGUGGCCCAUCCAGCACUGUUUCAAGUGCUGGCCCCUCUUCCCCAACAACAGUUGACACUUCUCCAAGGUUCAGUUUCAGUGAAAAGAAUCCCCUUACUCCUCAAAGCAGUGAAGAUGCACAUGGGAGCCAUGGGGCAUCAACAGCUCAAGAAAAUCAAUCAAGUGCCCACACCACUGUUUCUUCUCAACACAGUGGACCAUUAAAUGAAUUACGUUUAGCAAGUGGGCAGAGAUUUAUUGGAAACCAGCAUUCUUACAAAGACUCUUGCCCUGACCCACCUUGUGAACUAACAAUAUCUGAAGAUGAACAACAGCAAAGUAGCAGUGAGCAGUUAUCUUCAGCAGAUAUCGAGGACUUGGAAACCCAUGGAAUUAUAAAUGACUCUUCUGUAAAUUCUUUCUCUAAAUCAAGCCUGGAGAAUAAUGGUCACCUUUGUAACCACAUGUCUGCACUAGAAAUGGCACAGAAGGACAAGGACAUUAAUGUGGUUCCUCAUUGUGCCCUGGCUGCAGAAGAGACAGAAGAAUUUUUUGACACACAGAAAUCAACAGAUGUUUGGGAAUAUGAAAAUGUUCCCACCAGGUGUUCAGAGAAAUCCGAAAAAUGAAACAUUUCAGAAUUGUAAAUGAGCAUCAUAAAUUUGUCAUUUUCAGGCAGGUAUAGUGAUGCACACGGAAUUUCUAGUAAAGUACAAAUCACACUUGUCAGGAAUAUCUCCCUUACCUUUAAGAUCUUGUUGGUCUUUUUACAUUAAAAGCUCCUGUAUGCGUUAUGCUGUCUUACAUCAAAUACAUUAUUUAUUGUUUUUAAAUCAGUAAACUACAAUAGUAAAAAAUAUGCUUUUAAUGUUGGUGAACAGCUGAAUUUCAGUUAGAUUUGUUCACAGUAACAAUAAGUUUGUUGUUAAUCAUCCUGCAAAGGUAGCAGAAAAUCAGUGUGGAAAACAAGUGCAAUUCUCAUCCACUUGGUAAUAUCUAAAAAAAGAAAAAUUCAAGCUUUAAGGAGAAUACAUUUGAUUAAAUUAGUACAAGUGAGAAUACAGCAGUGAAUUUGUAUACAAGUUUAAACAGUAAAACAGAGCCAGCUUUUUCUCGUGAGGUGCCCUUUUCUGUACUCCGUGCCCAUUGAUGGGUUUGCUUACAGUUUCUCUGUAGGGCUGCUGCUUCACUUUGCCGCAUGCGUUUACUUCAUACCCGUCUCAUUGACGCCGUUUACUUUUUGAUUUAUUUUAUACAGUUUCUUUAGGGCUUCCAUCAUUUUGUAUGUUUCCACAAAGCUGACCCUUCCAUUUAAGCGUACUUCUUGUGUUGUUUUCAAAAACAAGUGGAACGUGUGGAAAAUAAAAUUACAGCCACCCCUCUGCUCUACACAUAUAGCUCUAUGGGUCAGAUCUGCUGUUUUAUUUGUUAAUUUUUUUAUUUUAGGCAAAUGAGACAUUUAUUUUUAUACUUUAAAAAUUUAGUCCAACUAAUAACUUAAGCCAUCAGUACUAACGAAAGGCCAGCGGUCGUGGGAUCAGUGAUUGCUGCUUGCUAUCUACAAGCCAAAGCUGUCCAUAAAGAGCUGUAACGCUGCUGGACAUUUGGUGUCCUUCAACUUUUCCCCAAGUCGCUGUCUUUAGUUUUCAAGGUGAAAGCAACUGGCUAAUUUUUUGUUUUGGACAGAACAAUUAUAGUUGGAUUAGUUACUCAUAUUACACCUGUACACUAAAAAUGAUGUUUUAGCUGUCUUUAUUUGUAGUACUUAUUGCUGCAAUGAAAUGUGAACCCCAAAAGCUGUUUACGUUUUUUUUUUUUCACUUGUAUAAAAGCUUCAGUUUUAAAAAGUAUGCCGACACAUUUCCUGAAUGUCAUUAGGAUAUUGUUAAUAUUUCACAUCUUGAUUUGUGAGGUGCUUCCUUUGCCAAAGCUGUAUUUAGACAUGACCUGCUCUUAAUGAAAUCGGUUUAUUUUGUAUAUAGUUUGAUUGAACAGAAAUAAUAUUGUGGCAUAUAUUGUGAUCUGUAAAAUUACAUAUUUAUUAACAGAGCGCAUUGAUAUAUUAGGGUUUCGCAGUAUACCGGUAGUGAAAAAGUACAGAAAAGUCCAGUUUUGAAACAGUAAGGUACCAGUAUUUAAGGAAUUUCGGUACCAAAAAUACAUAGUAGUUCUGAAAGGCCGUGUGCUCCUCGACACGCUGUUGGCUCCCCCACCACUGUCAGUGCACUGAGGCCGUGUUUCUUAAGCUAUGGGUCAUGGAGGUUUGUGAUGGGUCACCACGUGAAUAUGUAGAAAAUGACAAAAGUUCAUCCAACUGGGAAUUCUGAGCUGAGCAAUAUACAUGCUGCUAUUUAUCAUACUUUUUACAGCAGCAUGUGAAACAACACCAUUGACACAUAAGAAGCUUUCAUUUCCGUGGCAUGAAUAUAUAAUCAGUUUUCCUCAACUGCCAUCUUACAACCUUUUAAUCAUUCAGUCUGAGAAAACGGACCUUAAAGAUGCGUAUAAGAAAAGUAUAGAGAGGAGGACCUGACAGACACACUUGUGAGCUAGAUUAACAAAGAAGAGAAACGUUUUCCAAUACAGCGGGCAUAGAGGAGUUGCUUUCCAUGGUGCUUGCUGUGCCGCUUACCUGUAUGCUUCUUACAGUGUGACUUUUGAAUGCUGUAUACAUGUAUGUAAUGCUAAUUAUUCACCAGUCUCCACAGGUUAGCAAUAAACCCCAUGGCUGGCAGGGCUACUGUUGUAGUGAAAAGUUCAGACCCCUGUGAAAAUCCGAUUGUAACUCAUUUGAUGUCCUCUAGUCGAUGUUUGUUACUUAAACUAUAAUUCUCUGUUCAGUAAAGAGGAGUGCAUUCUGCAACAAAAUGAAUAACAAAGUGGAUGGGCGUAGAAUGCAACUGAGCUCGCAGUAUUACAAGUCAGAGAGAGACACGAAAGCACAGUGCAGUAAACCGAAGAUGCAGAUGCACACGCGCAUUUAUCUGUCUAUGUAUUUAUUUUAUUUAUUUAUUUAUUUAUGUAUGAAUGUUUGCCUACUGAGUUUGUUUUGUAAAUGUUGCUUGGCACAAGAUGCACUCCGAUUGCUGUGGGCUUCUUAUAAGCAAACGUCUCACAACUGAACAUAGAGCUAAGCAUGGUGUCGACCCUUUAACAUUUUGCAGUGUUUUAAUGACAAGAUGACUGCCGCCCGUUCUGAGGAGUGCUACUGUCAGCUGUAACCAGUGCAUUAACGUGACGUGGGCCAGUUCUUCCCUUAAAGAAUUUUUGCGUUUCUAUGCCGUGAGUCCUGCAUGCACUGAUAGUUUUGAAAGUGUAUAAAGCGCACGGGAAUUUGAUUUUCAUGUGGCUGUGAAUUUUUCUCUAUACAGUUCCUUUGCAGAGUUUGCCACAAAUUUGUACGUGCCCAGUGUAUCUGAACUUGUAUAUCAUAUGCGUUUUUGGCCAUUUCUGUAUGGACAAGAGAUCCUUUUGAAAAUGAUGUGAAAACUCCAGUGUGGAGUGCGUUUUUAAAUGAAAUUAUGGUAGUGUGGAUGAAGCUUCAGUGUGGGAUAAUUCCCAUUAGCCAUAUCCUCAAAUACGCAGUGGCGUAGCUCGAGUUUGUGCCGCUCGGUGUGGUACGGUGCUUCAAUUUGCCACCCUCCAUCAUAUCUGAAUAUCUGAAAAUUAAAAUGACAUAUAGAGAAAAAUUAAGAUAAAUUUUGCAUAACUUUAUUCAUAUAUAGAAAAAGAGCAAUAAUUUUUCACAUAUAGUUAUUUAUAAGCAUCAACUAGACAAGAAUAUCGUAUAGACGCACUGAUAAGCCGUGUUCUGAUUAUUAGUUUAAUAUAAUCACGCUGCGAAAACCAGAACCAGUGUAGUGUACAAGUGAUAGGUGCGAUGUUUUCUGCGCAGAGCAAGAAUGCAUUCAGAUUGAUAACGAAAAGAAAUUAUAAAUUGUAAAUUAGUUGUAUAUCUUCUUAGAAAUUAUCUAUGUAAUGUUUGUUUAUUUUUGGUAUUGCCUCAUAAAUUUCAACUGAUGUGUCUGAUGCCGUCACAGUCUGAAAAUUAUUUUUGAAGGUUUCGUGGAUAAAAAUCAGAGAAUUUUACUUUUUUCAUUCAUUUUUCCAAACCCUGCUGCUUACUACACACAAAUUGUACUGAGCCUUUUGGCCAAUAAUGCGCCGCCCAGGGCGGACUGCCCCCUCUGCCCACCCCUAGCUACGCCACUGCAAAUACGAUGUGCUUUACACUCCACAGUGAACUCUACAAGGAACAGCAAGUCUUGACGCACUGGAGAAUUCAAAAGGGAAAAUGUAGCUUGUAGAAAAGUAUGGAGGCCUGCAUUUCUGUGACACAACAGGUGCAACACGCCCGGUGCGCCAGGUAGACUGGCGAGUGUCAGCGGGGGGUUAUGGGAAGGAUCUGUUAUUGGCUUCAGUAGCCUUUUGGUGUCACUACGAUCCAAAAACUGGUAUCUAUACCCAAGUCAAAAUUAUAGCACCGACCCAUCACUACAAUAUAUCUUUAUUUGUAGUUUUUCAUUUGCUGUAUUAUUGAAUCAUACAUAUAUAUAUAUUUCAGAACUCAAUUUUAAAACAAAAAAAAAAAGUUCACUAUAUUUAGUGUUUUAGAAUUUUGUUUUUUUCAAGGAGUUCCCAAGAUUUGAAAAUAAUAACAAGGAAAUUAUAUUAUUAUAAGAUGCAUCAUAAAUAUUACUAAACAGUGCACACUGCCAGUUGUCCGACAGUUAAUCAUGAAAAUGAAUGAAUAAGAAAUCUUGUUAAAAAAUAAAAAGAUUAAAUCUGUUAUGUUUUCUGUGUCUAGUGUGUUAUGUUAGUUGCUGCUUGUGGCCAAUUUAAGGUCAAGUGAUACUGAGAAAAAAUUCUGGUGAAACAAAAAGAUUAAUAAACAUUAU